UCACUGGUGUUUGAUUGAAGUGUGGAUGGCAAUCCCUAUCUUUGCGCUUCAGUUUCAUGCGCCAAGAAAAAGAAGAACAAUGUUGUUGUUCCAGUUGUAGUAGCAUUCGCUGCCUUGUUCAUACUAUCAGCUGCAUUGGCUAUUUUCUGCAGAAUUAAAUGUCCAAGACGAGGACAUAUAUGGGGAAGAACCCCAAGAAAAUCAUCAUAUGUGUUAACGGAAAAGAUCAGACGAUUUACAUAUGCUGAGCUCUCGAUGAUCACCGGCAACUUCAAAAGAGAACUUGGUAAAGGAAGUUUUGGAAGUGUUUACCAUGGUUACUUGGAUGAUGAUACUGAAGUUGCUGUGAAAAUUCUUUCUGAAUUAUCAAAUCAAGGAUAUGAAGAGUUUGAAGCAGAGGUGAAGCUUCUUCAGACAGUGCAUCACAGAAACCUCACACCCCUUUACGGAUAUUGCGCUGAAGGCAAGCAAAUUGGGCUCGUCUAUGAGUACAUGGCCAAUGGAAACUUGAAACAGCAUCUGUCAAAUAAGAGUGCAGAUGUCAUGAGUUGGGAAGGGAGACUUCGUGCAGCGGUGGAGGCAGCACAAGGAUUGGAGUAUCUACACCAUGGCUGUAAACCACCCAGAGUACACAGGGAUAUCAAGUCUGCAAACAUCCUAUUGAGUGAAAACUUCCACGCCAGAAUAGCUGAUUUUGGGCUCACAAAAACUUUCCCAGUUGAAGGUGGCACUCAUUUGUCAACAGAUGUUGCUGGUACCUUCGGCUACCUUGACCCUCAGUAUUGUCAAACAUAUAGAUUAACUGAGAAGAGUGAUGUUUAUAGUUUUGGGGUCGUUCUUUUGGAGUUGAUCACAAGUCGACCGGUGAUUGCAAAUAACAGUGGGAAUAAUCACAUAAGCCAGUGGGUUGGUUCCAUGAUUGCACAAGGAGAUAUCAAAAAGACAGUCGAUCCAAGGUUAGGAGGAGACUUUGACAUCAACUCAGCCUGGAAAGCUGUUGAAAUAGCAAUGCUUUGUGUGUCUCAAACUUCCGAUGAAAGGCCAAGCAUGAAUUAUGUAGUGAGGGAACUGAGUCAAUGUUUAGAAAUGGAGAUUGCUCGGAAGGAAAGACGUGGGGUUCAACCAGGAAAUCAUUAUGAAAUGGUGUCCCUAAAUUUAGGAACUGAUCUCAUUCCUUCAGCAAGGUAGUACUUUCAGGUCAGCAAAUUAAGAUGGCUUUUCGAGUCUCACUGCUUCUUCAACUUCAGAUGGUGUCUGAAUUCUAUGAAAAAUCAAUUAAAUGUAAUGGUUUUGGUGCCUCAGUCAAUCACAUUAUAUUCUGUUACAACUUUUACUUUAGUGCUUGAACUGUGAUGUUUCUAUUUGUAAUCACAAUCUUAUAUACUAUGAGUGUUUUGUAUGAUUGCAUUACAGAUUUCAGGUUUGCUUUA